AUGAAAAUCAUUGCUUUUUUGCAGAAACGUGUCAAGUUACCAUUGGUAAACCUCAAUCAACACAUAACCUGCAAAUUGUGCAAUGGAUAUCUUAUUGAUGCAGCAACCAUAACAGAAUGUCUGCACACUUGUAAGUCUACGAAUUUACAUGAAUUUCCUAUUGACGUAGUAUGACGGAUAGACUAGGGAAUAUUGGCUAGAGAUAGUAGCUGUAGAUUCUGUGAACAUAAACUAGGACUUCACAGUUUCUCAAAAGUGGCAAAGCACUCACUCACUCACUUAACCUCCUCAUCCCAGCUGGGACAAAAGGCCACAAUAAAACCUCGACACUUUUAGCCUAUCCUGAGCUUUGGCCUGCGUUUCGCUCCAUGUUACACCCAUCUCCUCCAGCUCAAUCCUGAUCAUCACUGUUCUCCACCAGGUGGAUUUAAUUGGCUGACACCUCUUUUCCUCCUCUCAUUUGGAGUCCAUCUCAUGGCUGCAACUUUGAAUUAUCAGUGGGCGCUAAAGUCGAGGGCAGCACUUGAAAUCCUACUUGUCCCAGACUACUGGAUAAGACUUUUUUUUUUUGCCCCAAAUCAUGUCAUUAUUAUCAUAAUAUUAUGUCCAAAGCAAUAAUUAAAACAUUCAUCAGAGCAGUGUUGGGCAUUUAACUCUUGAAUCAAGGGGUUGGGGCACUUUGUAGUGAAUACAUUGUAUUAAGGUACCAUCCUACCUUCAGAACCGUCUUCAUGCAGAUUGCUCUAAAGUGCUUCUAGCCCUACACGCUGUACCAUUUCUGAAAGCUUAAUGGUUGUAGAUCAUACGGCUAAUUUCUUUUGAAAAACGAAAAUGCUAAUGCAUUUCAGAAAUAACGAGCUUUCUGCAAAAGCACAUGUCUCUGUAAAUUUAUAAGUCCCCAAAGUCUCUGCAGAAUAACAUUUUUUCAAAAAAUUAUGAAUAUUGUUAUCAUGGAUACCUUAAUUAUCCUGUGCCAAUAUUCCUCAGUACAGUCCAAUCCAGUAUUGAGAUCAAUAACAUGUUUUGAUCUAUUCUUAAAUAUUUUGUCUUACAUUUUAUUUUGUUAGUUUGUAAGAGCUGCCUUGUGAGACAUAUUGAACUUGUUAAUCGAUGUCCAGCAUGCAACACUGUUAUUCAUGAGACACAACCACUUUACAAUAUCAGGUAAAAAUUAAUAUUAAUUUUAAGUAAGUUGUAUUUUCCACUGGCUGAGGUACAAAAUAAGUGGAAAAUGUUUUCUCGCACACCGCAGAGAGCUGGGCCCAAGGGGUUAUUUUGAGUCACGUGCUCAUUGUUGUUUGUCAGUUGCUUUUUUGCUGUCUUCUGUUGCUGAUGGAAAUUUCAGAGCAUGAUAGUUUUUUCGAGGCUUUAUCGCCUAUAUCAUUUGUUGUUUGUUGUGCUGUACCAUGAGUGCAAAGACGAUUAGGUCAAAGUCUCAGUCCGGAGCAAUUCUUAUUUUUUACGACUGUAGCGAAACCCUUCUCCAGUAUUAAUAUUGAUAAAUAUUCCCCCAGGUGAUCAGGGAGACAAUGAUCUUGAGACUAGUCUACAUUGUUCUUUCAACCAGAGGCUGCUCACCUCAGAGACCUGCUGUGGUUAUUAGUAUGACCGGACACGAAAAUCAUUGUCUCCUGAUCACUUGUGAUUUUGCAAUGAUUGCAAAGUGUCUUGAGAGCUUUACCAGUAGCUUUAGAGGUUUUGGCAUUGUCAGGUACAAUCAAAACUGGUGUGCCUCAUCUUCCUGUUGAUGAUCUUAGCAGAACCCACCAGGUGGGAUCCCGCAAUCUCACAUUUCAGUUUUGGAAAAAAUCUAUUUACUGGGUAUUCUGGACUUUAAAUUCUCUAUUCAUAUGUUUCUCCUAUGGUUAUGGUUAUAUUAUACUAGAAAUGAUGUGAAUCACAUUCUCUUCACAGACUUGACAGAACUAUGCAAGAUAUUGUUUACAAGCUCCUUCCAAGGAUUGAAAGGGGUGAGCUAGCAUUAAGAGUAACAUGGUUAAUAUUAAUCAUUUUCAAAACUGAUUCAAGACAUUGCCUGAAAUAUCUCACAUGAAGUGAUCCUAUUAGUUUCUGUAACUGUUUCUGAUUACAUGUAGAUGAUACAAUUAAUUGAACCUUUCACUUUUACCCCAAGUUUGGUCAAUGUUAUUUGGACUGAACCCAGAAUUUAAGUAAACCCAGCUACUUAUAUAACUUUGUUGAUUAGUGCAUCCUGUUUCUUUGAUUUCAGAGGAAAGGCGCAGAGAACGCAAGUUCUACAAAGAUAGGCAGAUACCAUAUCCAACCCCCAGAGGUAUUUCCGCUGAUUUUAAGAAAUGAUAAUAUUAUUAUCUGCCCAGCUUGCAGUUCUAUAAUAGUCCAUUUUCGAGUUCACUAUGACCGCUGAAUUAAAGAAGUGAAGAUGCAUUUUUUACAGCCUUAGCCUCAAUCUGAAGUAAUAUAUUCACAAAGUCCAACAAGAAAAAGACCUGUUUAUUACUCUGUCCAUUGUGUAUAUUCAAAUAAUAUUAUUUCAAACACUUACUUGCCAGAAUUUCUGAAUAUUUUACUUUACGUCAAGGCUAACCCUGUAUGAAUGUGUUGUUAAUUUUUGUAUUCAGCCGUAAUUUUUAAUUUGAAAGUGGACUAUUGUCAGUGCUUAAAAUAAUUAUAAAAUCUAUAUUUUUUUCUGUCUGUUGGGUCUGGCCCAGCUCCAACUACAUGCAUUUCCAUUUAAUUGCUAUAAUGUGGGAUCAAGAAAAUGUUCUAUAAAGUGCAAUUUAAAUUUGUUGUUUUUGCUCCUUUACAUUUACAUCACUAUCUGUAGUCAUUUUUUGUACCAUUUCUAUGGCUCUCGUGUCCAUCGCAUAUAACGCAGAAAGGAAUUAUGUAACAAACAGAAGGUGGUGUCAAGAAAUAAUACUUGUUAAUUAUUGAUAGUUCUGUUUUUUAUUGUUUGUUUGUCUUUUUUCUGUUGUAGCUUGUCAGACUUCAUCUGUACCAGGACCAUCAAAUGCCAUCAAGAAACAAACAGCAUCAUUACCCAAAAAAAUAAGCAAACCAAAAGUAACAAAAAACUAUCAUAGAACAGAUGAACAAAUCUCUCUUCAACUUGAGACAUUUAGGUUAGUGAAAUAAUUGAUAAAUUAAUUUGGAAUUAAACCCUGCCUUUUAAUAGUUGUGAGGUGGAGGCUGUGUGGUAGAGUGGUUAACACCUCAAACUCUGGAUCUGGAGAUCUGGGAUUCAAGCCUCACCUGUCCCCUUGUUUCCUUAGACAAGGAACUCUACUCCACCUUGUCUCUCUUCACCCAGAUGUAUAAAUGAGUAUCAGUGGCAUACUGCUGGGGGGGUACCCUGUGAUGGACUAGCAUUCCGUCCAGGGGGAAGUAGCUAUACUCCAAGGCAGCUUCAUGCUAAGGAAAUCUGAAUAAGCUCCUGCUGUUUGGGCCUUUGACUCGUGUGCGCCUUUUACCUUACUUUUUUACCUUAGUUGCGAAAUGAAGUGAUACACCUGUAUAGAUUAUUUAACUAGGCCUUAAGAGAGCAUGAAACUGUCUUGAAGAUAACAUUGUUUCCAUAAAUGAAUACCUGGAAAAGAUGUAACAAAAUAAUAUACACCAAAAGCUUCUGCAAGAUGUUCACUUCUUUUUUUGACCAAAUAGAAUGUUAUCAGACAGUGUAAUAGCAAGUUUGCCCAGGGGUGGUUUUUACAAUAAACUGGGGUUCCACUGUAUCAUGUACUAUAAAUCGAGUUCAAGGUAUGUACUGUGAGUUACAGACCAAGUUUUUUUGCCAUUGAUUUAUGGCCUCUGUGUGAAGUGCAUUAACCGUCAAUCAAUGGGGAAAAUGAGGAUCUGUAACGUUAAGUAUGGACUGAGAGUAUGAGGCUAGUAAAAAAAUUGUUUUAUCUCAGAGGUUAAUUGGCAUGUGGGAAAGGGAACAUGUUAGGGCAGUAUACUGAAAUAUGGCCAGCAACAUUCACCAAUCACAGUGCAUGUACUUACUAGGAGAUAUUAUAUGCGUAAUAAACAUCUACUGAUAAAUUAACUGAAUCAGAUGUUUAACUUCAGUCCUCCUGUCUGAAUACAUCACCCAGACAUAUAUUUUAAGAAGAGGCUUAAUAAAAUAUUAGGUUUCAAUUAGAUUAUUGCAUUAUACAGUAUAUCUUACAUGCCAGUUGUAAAUUGUCCAUGUAAUUAGCACUGUUUUGUGGACUUUUUUUCUGGAAUUAUCUAGCCAGCUUAGCCAGUGCGCACUCGCGUGGCAUUGCUUGCUUGUAGGCUCGAAAAUAGCGCUAUAUAAAUCAAGUGUAAUGUAAUGUAUAAAUAAAUAAAUAAAUAGAUAUUACUAUUACUAACUAUAACUAACUUCAUUUCUAUGUGGCUGGAUGAUAAUGUUAUUGUUUACUUGUUAAAAUUGCAGAGAUGGAAGUGGUGGCCCAGCAAAAAUACAGGUAAAUGUUAACGUUGUUUCUUUUUUAGUUUUGAAAUAGGUCAAUGAGAAGCCAUUGGAGUCUCAUAAAGUCACUUGUAUGCAAUAUUGAAUAAAUCAGUAUUGACGAAAGUUGAAAUAGAGCGGUUUUCACUUGACUGUCGAAAGGGAUUGGUUUUGGUUUUGGUUUUGGUUUUACUACGCCCUUUGGUUGGCUAGUGUAUUUACUUUGGGUUUGGUUUUACGACAGUCAAGUGAAAACCGCUCUAAAAGCCCAAUUGAUGCACUCUGGCUGCACUUAUUUGCACCACAAAUGUAUCUGUGUUGUUGUUAGUCGUUUUUGAAUGGUUCGCUACUCUCAAGAGGGUAGGGAGGGGGUUCAGAACGUAAAGAAUGUUAUUUUAAAAAUGGGUAUGCAGCGUGUAGGGAAUAUGGGAGUGAACUUUAUAUUUAUUGGUUGAUUGACUGAUUGAUUGAUUGUUUGAUUGAUUGAUUGAUUAAUUGGUUGAUUGACUGACUGAUUGAUUAAUUAAUUGAUUGAUUGCAGCCACUUCAGAAGAAAUAUAUGAGACUCUCUACACAAGUCACCAUUGGCUUAAUACAAAGAUUUUUGGCAGCUAAACUACACUUGGAAUCUGCGAACAUGGUAAAAAGAUUGCAGUUUAGUUUGUCUCUUUUAAACCUAAAUCGCUGCUCGUAUAUAAGAUGCUUCGCGCCAAAAGUGAAACGCGCCCACCUGAAGCCGAAACACGCUUGUAUUACUUCGUUUUCACUCGUACUCUAGACCGUUUCAUUUUACCAGUGCUCGCAUUCAUGGCCAACGCAAAAUACGGCUUUUUUGCUGUCUACAUAUACAUCUGUCGCCAGAAAUGGUUACGGUGGAAAACAUACAAACAGUCACAUUCUUGGAAACCAAGAUAAGAUAGAUAGUGAAGCAAGAGAAAAUUUCUACGAGCAGAGGGUAAGAAAUGGGUGCUGUCGAGUUUUUUCCCUUUUGUUACUAUUCCUCGCCUCACUAUAAAUUCGUGUCUGGCUUUAUGAGGAUGAAAAACGCAUGAUUUUUACUCUGUGUAUGGAUUGCAACUUGCAGUCCGCCUUCGAAUCCGUCGACUUCUCUUCCGUGGGCAUCAGUACACCCUCGUUUAUCGCGGCUUUCGUGGGCAUACGCCCUCGUUUAUCGCGGCUCGCGGCUGAAGAGAUUACGCACAGUUUACUCUGUUCAGUAUUUACACGCCAACUUAAUUAGCUAGACGAGUCUUCUGAUCGGAUAGUGUGGUUAUUAGUUGUCCUUGAUCACAUUGUUCGUUGUACAACUGAUUGAAAAAACGUUGUCGCUUGAAAAAAGAUUUGCAUCUGCACGAGCAGCUCGUGAUAAUGAAGAGUUUUGUCGAAAGAACUUUGAAUUCGCUUUUCUUAUGAACGUACAGUCAACUCUCGCCAAGACGGACACCUUUGGGACCGACACUAAGUGUCCGUUUUAGAGAGGUGUCCGUCUUAUAAAGAGUCAAAUAAAGGGAGUAAGGAAAGGCAGGGACCAAAUCUAGGUGUCCGUUUUACAGAGGUGUCCGUCUUAUAGAGGUGUCCGUUAAGAGAGACUCGACUGUAUACCCAUAUCGCUCAUGGUUUAUACUCUUUAAGCGACAACGUUUUUUCAAUCAGGUAUAUUAUUUAGUGUAACUCGCACACUCGUUAAUGACGUAUCCUCUGUUAGGUUGGUAUCCUGUUUGACAAAACGGAAAUGGGGAAAGAUUUAACGCUAAAAUACAUCAGCGAAAAUCUCUGCACCCAAGAGGUAUGGUUAUUUUUCUUUUUUAACUAAAUGUUUGCUGACCAUUAGUCUCCUAUGCUGCCCUUCAUGAGGGGCUUAAAGAUCCGACGACGUUGACAACGCCGCUUAAAAACUGAAUUCCGAUUUUUUUAAUCUUCAUCGCGAUGUUUCCAUCCCACUUACUUUCCACUGGAAUUGAAUUUUUAACAUCACUUUUGAGAAUAUAUGUUGAACAGCAUACGAAACGUCAAGUUUAUAAAAAUGCGAAAACUCGCAAUGUUUAUCACCGCUGUUUGUGUUUAAUUUUUGAUCAAACUAAGAUGGCCUAAGAAGAACAAGAGUCUCUAUGAUACCAUAUCCAAGUUCAGAAAGAGUAGGAAAAUUUCCUCUUCGCUUGUUUACGUCUUCCAUAUAACGUGAAGUUAGGCAUCGUUUCACGUGCAGUGACGGUAAAGAAAUUACCCAGGGUGCCCGAGGUUUUUUCAUCCUAGGUCUGAGAAUAUUGCUGUUUUAAUUUAGGUCAAUUUCUUGCUGUAGUCAUAGCUUUGUGCCUUAACCCAAACACAAAAUGCUCCUGUAGCAUUAUGAUGUCAAACAAAUUUCACCAGGGAGAAUCAGCCAUAAUAAUUAAUUGUUUUGUGAUUAGUAUUAACCCUUUAAGCCCCAGUAUCCACGAACAAAUUCUCCAAACUCGUCUCCAUACAUUUCCUUAAAGAAUGAGUUGAGAGAAUUUGAUAAAAGAUCAAGGCAUUUUUACUCGGGUGAUCAUUUUAUUAAUUCUCGUAACUUAUCUGUUCACUGAUGUAUGGAUAUUGUUAGGAGAAAAUUCAAACCAUGUCCAUCCUUGUCAUCGCAUCCGUAGCAACAGACGAGAGAAAACAGUCUCAGUGCCUGAAUAUAGUCAUAAAUAACAAAACUGGGCCUUUAUUUUUGGCAUUUAAUUGAUGCGAAGACAAGUUUUAGCUGAUUAAAACGAUAGCAAGUAGCCUGACAUAGUCCCUUUAAACCUGAUGCUUUUUGGACGUUCUCGUUGCCUUCGCUGUCUUUUCAGGACCUUGAAGUCCCUAUUAUUAAGUCACGCACUGCUACUCCCUGCAGGAGAAAGAAGCUGCCCUGUACCAAGUCCUCUCUCUCUCUCGAUGAAAAUCAUUCUCGUCCACAGAGCCUCCUGUUCUCUUAGUCGGCGAGGUCUGAGCACGAGGACGAGGAGAUCCUCAGGCCUUUCAGGCCCUCGUGCUCAGGGAUCCUCAGGCCUCGCCGGCUAAGGGAACAGGAGGUUCUGGGGACAAAAAAGGAUGAAAGGAAGUGGGAAGCAACCUCGUUCCCAGGGUUCUCUCGUACCUGUCCCCCUCUCGCUCCGUAGAUACGGGUAGGACGGAACCCUGGGAACGAGGUUGGGCGGGAAGGAGAAAACGGGCGAGAUUUCGCCUGUCUUCUUUCUUCUGCUCCUUUGCGCGUUGUCACCAGUCACUCGCGUGUCACUCGCGUUUCGCGCUCGCGUCUCCUCAAAAAAACGAGGCGCCUUAGAAGGGGCAGAGAAAGAAGUGUUCCGAGCCUUUUUACUCGCGCUCACAACAUUUUUUUUUUCGUUUUCAGGAAAAUUUUUCUGGACCACUGAUUCUUCAUUACAGAGCAGUGUAUGUAAAAAGCUGA